AUGCAGUUGCCAUACCAUAAUAAUAACUAUUGUGUGUCUGGUUCGUGGAUGGCGCCACCGCCGGCGGGACUCGUCGUGUCGCUGCUGCUGGCCGCCGUCGCGAACGCGGGCGGCGCUAAGGCCCUGACGCCAGGCGGGCGCGUGGUGCACCACAACCAUGGCAAGUUCACGGCCGGCCCGUGGAAGCCGGCGCACGCGACCUUCUACGGCGGGCGCGACGGGUCCGGCACGACGGCGGGCGCGUGCGGGUACAAGGACACCCGGGCGGAGGGGUACGGCGUACAGACGGUGGCCGUGAGCCCGGUGCUGUUCGGCGACGGCGCGGCGUGCGGCGGGUGCUACGAGGUGCGGUGCGUGGACAGCCCCGACGGGUGCAAGGCCGGCGCGGCGGCGGCGGUGGUGACGGCGACGAACCUGUGCCCGCCCAACUACCAGCAGUCGGGCGACAACGGCGGGUGGUGCAACCCGCCGCGGGAGCACUUGGACCUGAGCAUGCCGGCGUUCCUGCAGAUCGCGCAGGAGAAGGCCGGCAUCGUGCCGGUGUCGUACCGGCGGGUGGCGUGCGUGAAGCAGGGCGGCAUCCGGUACACCAUCGCCGGGAACAAGUACUUCAACAUGGUGAUGGUGACGAACGUGGGCGGCGCCGGCGACCUGGCGGCGGUGUCGGUGAAGGGGAGCAAGCGCGUCAAGUGGACGGAGCUGAAGCGCAACUGGGGGCAGGUGUGGCAGACCGGGGAGGACCUCACCGGCGAGUCGCUGACGUUCCGGCUGAUGACCAGCGACCACCGCAAGGCCACCUCCUGGCACGUGCUCCCCACGGACUGGCAGUUCGGCGUCACCUACCAGGCCGACAAGAACUUCUAGUCAUCACCUGAUCCACAGCCAUUGCAGAUCGAUCGAGCUGAUGAGCA